AUGAAUUACAGUGACAUGUCAAGUAAAUAUAUGGACGAAAGUUUAGAGGAAGGCUCUAGAUUCCAACAACAUUAUUGUAUAACGUUGGGUGAGGAUGAAUUAUUGAAAGCUGUGCGAAAUAGCGAAUCAUUACGCUUGACAUUUACUCUACAUUUGACGGAAAGCACAUCCGUUGAAUGGGAAACUGUAGUAUGGCGUCAUUGUCUUUAUAUUCGCGUGCCAAGCUGCCUUUUACCCGAAGGUUCGAAAGAAGGUUUCGUGUCUCUCCUGGAAUACGCUGAAGAAACAUUACGAUGUACAAAUAUCAUCAUUUGUCUGCGUAAAGACAGAGCGGAUCGAGGUACUUGUCGUCAACCGUUCUUUGACUCCAAUGAAAAUGAUUAUGAGGAAAAAAGUUUCUCGUCUAAAACACUUUGUUGUUAUGGUUUAGCAAUGCUGGUUCGUACCUUCAUGUUUUUGGGCUUCACUGUACUACCGCCUACUCACUCCUUGGUACCACCAGGCAGUGAUGCUGGCAAUCUCUACAUGCUCUAUGCCAUCGAGUAG